GUAUUUGUUGAAAGAAUUUCAUCGAGUUUCAGGCCACCACGACAGGCUAUAAAUACACGCUUCUCAGGGCCACCAUUGCAAGCAGCUCGAUCGGCGUGACCAGCUACCACUGCGGAGCGUAAAAGGAAGUGUUUUGAGCGACAGGUCGAGGCUCGUGGUGAUCAGAAUAACAAUGUCACAGUCUGGGGCCUUGCAUCUUUCUACGGGCUUGCAAGGGAAAAACGUCGACAAGGAUCAACUUGAAUCGACCGUUGAACAAUAUGCAAAGUAUCAUGACCUGCACGGAGGUGAUGAGGAAUUCAGGAAGUCGAACUAUAGUGACUUGGUAAACAAGUAUUACGAUCUUGUAACCAGCUUCACUGAAUACCACUGGGGUCAAUCAUUCCAUUUCGCCCCAAGAUGGCAUGGAGAAACACUUCGUGAAAGCAUCAAGAGAUUUGAGCAUUUUAUUGCCCUUCAAUUGGGGCUCAAGAAGGGGAUGAAGGUCCUGGAUGUUGGAUGUGGAAUUGGGGGACCCUUAAGAGAAAUCACCAGAUUCAGCUCAGCAGAGAUAACUGGGUUGAACAACAAUGCUUACCAGAUAUCAAGGGGCAAGGAGCUCAUUUCUUUGGCAGGCUUGAGUGACCGGUGUAACUUUAUAGAGGGAGACUUCAUGAACAUGCCAUUCCCUGAUAACACCUUUGAUGCAGCCUAUGCAAUAGAGGCCACAAUUCAUGCACCUGAUGCACUAGGCGCCUACAGGGAGAUAUACAGAGUGCUGAAACCAGGCCAGUAUUUCGCACUAGAUGAACUGUGCUUGACUGAUAAGUUUGAUCCAAACAACACUAAACAUAAGGACAUCAAGGCAGAAAUUGAGCUUGGCAGUGGCCUGCCUGACAUCCGUAGCACUCGCGAGUGCAUCCAAGCGAUGAAAGAUGCAGGAUUCGAGGUUAUCUUCGCGAAGGAUCUUGCUGAGGACUCCGAGUGCCCUUGGUACCAUGAAUUUGAUCCUAGCCGUAUCUCAUUGAAGACAAUCAGUAACUCACGUGUCGGACACCUCCUCACUCGUGCAAUUGUUGGCACACUUGAGUUCCUCCGUAUUGCCCCCAAAGGCUGCAAUAGACUGUUCAGCAUCCUGCAGACUGCCUCCCACGGCCUGGUGACUGGCAGCCGGGAACAGAUUUUUACGGUGACCUUCUUUGUCCUGGGCCGGAAACCUCUCAAGGAGAGCGACAUUUAAAGCAGUGUAUGCCGUAUGUAGUAUGGGCUUUUACUCAGGAGCCAGGAGCCCAGGACUAAAAAGUUGGCUGUGAUCCGUGUACUGUACUAAAGUAUUGCUAGUCUUAAAGUUCUAUAAAAGAUGCUGGGCUUGUUCCCAUGCUUGGUUGUAUGCUGGUACUGAAUUACUGGUUAAGAUUACUAUCUGGAAUAAACUUAUUUGUAUCAUCCGGAUACUGA